GGCCCAGUGCUUAAGAUCGCACAUUCUGCUUCGGCAGCCCGGGGUUCCCGGUUCAGAGCCCGGGUGCGGACUAUGCACCACUUAUCAAGCCACGUUGUGGCAGGCAUCCCACAUAUAUAAAGCAGAGGAAGAUGGGCAAGGAUGUUAGGUCAGGGCUAAUCUUCCUCAAAAAAAAAAAAAGUUAAAAAGAACAACAAGAUGGGUGUGGGUGGGGACGUGGAACCCUUGUGUGUUGCCGAUGGAAGGUACAAUGGCACAGCCACUUUGAAAAACAGUUUGGCAAUUUCUCAAAAUCUUAAACAUAGAAUUACCACAUGACCCAGCAAUUCCACUCCUAGGCAUAUACCCAAGAGAACUGAAAACCUAUGUCCACAAAAACACUAGUACAUGAAAACUACCAGCAUUAUUCAUCAUCACCAAAAGCUGGAAACAACCCAAAUGUCUUUCAAAUGAUGAACAGAUUUUUUUUAAUGUGGUGUAUUCAUAUAAUGAAAUAUUAUUCAGCCAUUAAAAGGAAUGCCAUACCGAUACAUAUGAAAACAUGCAUGAACCUUAUAAACGUUAUGCUAAGUGAAAGAAGCCAGACACAAAAGGCCACAUAUUGUAUGCUUCCAUCUAUAUGGAAUAUCCAGAAUAGGAAAUCCAUAAAGACAGAAAGUAGGUUAGUGAUUGUCAGGAGCUGAAGGGAAGGAAAGAAUGGGGAGUGACUGCUAAUGUCUACAGGGUUUCUAUGGGAGUGAUGAAAAUGUUCCGGAAUUAGAUAUUGGUGAUGUUGCACAAUCUUGUGCAAUUAACACUCAGAGCAGCUGCAGAUGGCACAGUAACUAGUAAAGAGCCUCUAGAAGGGGCAGCAUCAAUGCCCACGACUCCUGUCCUUCCCUUUAAAAGCGUAGAUUUCUUUCAGAUUUUAUAUCAAUUAAUUUCUAUUAUAGAAUUUUCUAAAUUCACUGCCUGUUAUGCAAACAAUUGUCACGUUUCAAAUGAUGAUUCUAUAUCUAAUCCCAAGAUUUGGCAGAAAUAAAGACACACUCUUGCUUUUUAAAAUGUUCUCUUAGUUCUCAUUUUCUGAAAUUAGAAAGUACUACAUUUUGUUUUAGCCUCUUAUAGGAUUCCUGCUAUUUAAGAAAAUCACAUUAGCUUUGCUUUGUGGAGAACAGUGGAGAAUAAUGAUGAAGUGCACAGGUGCUAGGGCCAUCCCAGCGGGACCACCUCCUAGCCCUGUGACCUGAGGCAAGUUACUUCACUUCCUCACUGUGACUCAGUUUCCUUAUACGUUAAAUGGGCCCCAUAAUAGCCCCCAUUUCAUAAAGUUUUGUAGGAGUUAGUGCCUGUAAAGCGCUUAGAACAAAGAAAAUAUCUGGCAUUUAGUAAAAGCUCAAUAAGUCUUCGUUUUCUAGACUUUCUUCAAGUCUUUUAAGCCACAGCAACAAAAACCAUGUGCAGCAUUGUAAGCACAGAAUGCAGCUGGAGUUUAAAGAAGGUAUUGUUUUCUGAUUUUUUCAUUCCCAAUGACCUUCCUGAAUAUGGCAAGUUUUUCCUUAGCCUUUUCGGAUACAGCAGCACCUGGGUUAAUGUCUUCAGUGAAAUAAACACUUCUCUAGCCAGUUUCUGAGUCAACUGAUCGUGCUAUCUACAUCAUCCUAUUUGGAUUGCUUUACUUCUAAAUACUUUACGAAACAUGCUUCACCCGAAAGCUCACUGGAAACUUUUAUAUUCACUAAAGCAACCAUAAGAUUUUGGGAAUCAUAUAAUCGAAGAAUUUUACAUAUAUAGGACAGACAUUUUGAAAUCCUCUAGUUCAAACUAAGUAUAGUCCAAACUGCAGAUAAGGCAAUUGACUAUCUUAAAAAGAUUAAAUGACUUCCAAAAAUCAGAUACUUCAGUGAUUUUUUUCCCCCUAAUAUACUGAAUUAUCUCCCUUUUCUACACUUCAUGUUCAUUAAUGAAACAAUUUACUGUCCGAAUUAGUAUCAUCUAAUUGUAUAAAUGCAGCUUGCCAAUCACACUAAAGGUCUCUUGAAUUCUUCUCUUCACCACCAAUCAGGAACCUUUGCUGGAAGCUGGUUCCUGAUUGGUGAAAGGCCCUGUAACAGUAGAAUGCCAAGGAGUAAACAAAAACACAUAGCAACAACUGAGUUUGCUGUCUCACUACCCUCAGCCUAGGCCAACCUGGACUCCUUCAUCCCAAAUGAGGUGGCCUCCACAUUUUAUAUGAAGGCUCUGAUUUUCCAUUCAACUGUAAUCCAUCUUAUAACAUGGCAAUCCAAUACAGAUGGGAAGAUAAAACUGAACAACACAGCUAAAAUAAAGUGUAUUCCCAGAAUACACCUUGUGGAAACAGGAUGAAGUUGACCAGUGAAAACUUGCCCAAGAACCCCUUUUAUACCUCCCUGUCCCAGUAUGCUGCUAAGAACCCAAAAUUCUUCCAGUGGAGAAAGGAAAAGACUGAUCAUUACAGCCAUGCUAAUUUGGUGGAUAGAGCAUUGCAACUCUUGAAGGAAAGAAUAAGAAGAGGGGACGCUAUGGCCUAUUUCCUACGAGGUCAACUAUAUUUUGAAGAGGGAUGGUAUGAAGAAGCUUUAGAACAGUUCGAAGAAAUCAAGGAAAAGGAUCAUCAAGCAACUUACCAGCUAGGAGUAAUGUAUUAUGAUGGGCUGGGGACGACUCCAGACGCUGAAAAAGGAGUGGAAUAUAUGAAGAAAAUUGUUGAUUCUCCAUGUCCCAAAGCAAGACACUUACAAUUUGCAGCAGCUUACAACCUUGGAAGAGCGUAUUAUGAAGGAAAAGGCGUCAAACGAUCAGAGGAGGAUGCGGAAAGACUGUGGCUUUUUGCCGCAGACAAUGGAAAUCCAAAAGCUAGUGUGAAGGCUCAAAGUAUCCUAGGAUUGUAUUAUUCAACAAAAGAGCCUAAAGAAUUAGAAAAGGCAUUUUAUUGGCAUUCAGAAGCGUGUGGCAAUGGGAAUCUGGAGUCCCAGGGUGCACUUGGGCUCAUGUACUUUUACGGACAAGGCAUCCGCCAGGACACUGAAGCUGCCCUGCACUGCUUACGGGAGGCAGCAGAACGUGGAAACGUCUACGCUCAAGGGAAUCUUGUGGAGUAUUACUAUAAGAUGAAAUUUUUCACAAAGUGUGUUGCAUUUUCCAAAAGGAUUGCCGACUACGAUGAGGUUCAUGACAUCCCCAUGAUAGCCAAGGUCACGGACUGUCUCCCGGAAUUCAUCAACAGAGGCAUGGCCAUGGCGUCCUUCUACCAUGCACGCUGUCUUCAGCUUGGCUUGGGUAUCACAAAGGAUGAAGCAACAGCUAAACAGUAUUAUUCUAAAGCCUGUCGUCUGAAUCCUGCACUGGCAGAUGAACUUCACUCUUUAGUUAUUCGUCAAAGAAUUUAGACCAUAAUGCAUUGCAACAAAGAUCGUCCAUCCUAACACCUUAAAAGGUCUGAGAAAUGCUAAAUGCAGGAAUUUGACAUGUGACACGUGGUAAUGUGCUAUGCUUAAAUGUCUUCCAUGAAUCCAACAGAGGAUUUAAAAUUUCACUUCACUGUCAUUACCACAAAGCUGGUGCUCCUGGCACAGGUGAGCCCCUGCAACUACCACUGCCACAGACCACGGCGUCCACCUCGACCUGAGAGGGAGCCAGUCACUGACUCAAGAGAGUUGAAGAUUCCAGAUCAUUAAUUAAAAAAAAAAAAAAAAAAGAAAUCAAAACUUCUGUAAGAUUCCUGAUAGGUGAUGUCCCAUGAAAAAGUGAGAAUUUAUCUUAAAGAAACAUUGAGGAGUCAAAAUAGUUAUUUUUCUCAUUUCCAGUAUAAACUUAACAGCUGUAGUUUAAUUAUGUAUCAGAUGGACAUUUCCAGGAACUGUGUUAUGAUGAGCUGCCGGGGCUCAGUGACUUCCCACUGCUUCUCUCCUCUGAAUGUCUUUUCUACACCCCUACGAUGGACAAUUCUUAUCCACAUAGACGGCCAACUUUGUGUUUCUUCUCAAGUGUUAAAUAUCACUCUGGUUUGAAAAAAGGAUCAAAGAGCUAUAAUUAAAAGAAUCCCAAAGAUAAAACUUGGCUUACUAAUUUUUAAUCAUUUGUCUUUCAGAACUUAUGUUUCAUAUCAAGAACUUGGCAGGUAUGACUUAUCAAUGAUAUAAUAAACACCACUUUAAUAUGUAUAGUGUUUUUCUUUCAUGGGUUUCAAACUGAACUUCUGCCUAUUAAUUGUUUUGCUUUCAGUAUUCCUGAGGGUUAGGUAGGGGAAAGUGUUUUAUUAUUGCUGUAUAACAGAUGGUGAAACUCAAGAA